UUUCAUCGAGUAUAAAUCAAAUUAAUGUCAUUCAUUAACUUUCACAAAAAUAGUGAGACGCUACCUCACACCAAUCCAAACCAAAUGGCUUCUAAGUCCUCCCUCUGUCGUUUGUCUUUCCAACAAAAAACUUUCGUCUUUUGUCUCUUGCUUGUCUCUCUCCCGCUGCUGCUCUACACGCCUCCAUUGAAAUCCCAAAGAGUAUUGCUUCAGGUUCAGGAACAGAACACCGGACUUGCUUGGUUUGAUGCCAUAGCAAGAGAUAUUUAUACCAAAAAGAUCAAGGUAGGUCUGGUUAACAUAGACGAAGCAGAACACGAUACUCUGUCCGAGCAAUUGUACAAAUCAUACCCACAAGUAUUACCGACGGUAUCUGUCAAAUUCGAUCGUGUUGACAAGAAUCUGAAAUGGCAAGAUUUUUUUCCCGAGUGGAUCGACGAAGAUCACAAAUGGGGCGACCCAAAGUGCCCAAACAUGCCUAUGCCGACGUUGGAAAAUUACCAGGAUGUGAACGUGGUGGUGGCCAGAGUUCCAUGCGGGAAUAGUAACAGAACAGAGAAGAGAGGCGUGAGGGACUUGUUUAGGUUACAAGUGAAUUUGGUAGUGGCUAAUUUGGCAGUGGAGGGUGGGUGGAUGAAGCUGGAAGGAGAUAAUCGGAGACAAGUGUAUGUUGUGCUCAUAGGAAAUUGUGGUCCCAUGAUUGAGAUUUUCAGAUGUGAUGAUCUUUUGAUGCAUCAAGGUGAGUAUUGGGUAUACAAGCCUGAGUUAACAAGGCUUAAGCAGAAAAUUCUCAUGCCUCCCGGAUCAUGUCAGAUUGCUCCUGCUUAUGCCCAAACGGGCAAAGAGGUGUGGAGAGCUUAUUUGUCAGAAUUGAAGGUAUUGAAGCACGACCCGAGGCCAAAAUUGGCCUAUGUCACGAUGCUCCACACUUCAGAAGCCUACGUGUGUGGAGCAAUUGCUUUAGCCCAAAGCAUUCUCCAAACCCCAGUGAGCGUCAUUCAGUUCUACAACUACACCAGGGACCUCAUCCUCCUCGCAGACAAUUCAAUCAGUCCCAUGUCCAUCAAAGGACUUGAAGCCGCGGGAUGGAAGAUCAAGCGCAUUCAACGCAUCCCGAAUCCCUUUGCCAAGAAAGGUUCCUAUAAUGAGUGGAACUACAGUAAGCUCAGGAUAUGGCAGCUCACUGACUAUGACAAGAUCAUCUUCAUAGAUUCUGACUUUCUGGUACUGAAAAACAUGGACGAUUUCUUCGUCUACCCUCAGCUAUCAGCCGCACCUAAUGACUGCACGUUCUUCAACUCUGGCUUGAUGAUCAUAGAGCCAUCCCAGUGCAUGUUUGAGGAAUUAAUGAGGAGAGUUUGGCGACUAGACUCGUAUAAUAAAGGUGACCAAGGCUUUCUGAACGAGGUGUUCACGUGGUGGCACAGGUUGCCGUGGAGGCUAAAUCGUUUGAAGGAUUCCAGGGAGAUAGAAGAAGAUGAAUUGUAUGGGAUGCAUUAUUUGGGGGUGAAGCCAUGGAUGUGUUACAAGGAUUAUGAUUGCAAUUGGGACGUGGAGGAUCGUCGCGUGUUUGCGAGUGACUCGGCUCACCAGUUGUGGUGGGACGUGUACGAGGAAAUGCCACGAGGGCUGCAAUCAUACUGUGGGCUUAGCCAGAGAAUGGAGGAAAGGAUACUGAGGUGGAGAAGAGAAGCUAGAAAUGCCAAUUUCUCCGACAUGCAUUGGAACAUUGAGAUCAGGGAUCCUAGAACCAGAUUAGGAAAGCUCCAAGUUGUAUGAGAUGCAUCGCAAUUAAUAAUUAUCGUUGGACUAGCCAUUCAAUCCAAUCCAAUCCAUCCAUUAUCAUCAUCAUCAUCAUCGAAUCUCCAAUUUUCCAUUCAAAUUAUGAAUCAUAGUAAUUACAUUUCAAUCAUCGAUGAAUUUGUUGAGUGCUAAUUUGAACAUAUUAAUUGGCUUG